AUGUUCUCCGACUCUGUUGUACUCGUGACUGGAGCAUCAGGUUUCAUAGCCUCUCAUAUCGUCAAGCUUUUACAGGAAGAAGAUUUUCGGGUCCGAGGUACUGUUCGAAGCUUAACGAAUGAGGACAAGCUAAAACGACUGAAUUCAUUAUGUCCUCAUGCUAAACAUAAAUUAGAAUUACUAGAAGCCGAUUUACUUAUGCCAAAAACCUGGGAGUCUGCAGUUAAAGAUGUUGAAUUUGUUAUACACGUGGCCAGCCCUUCGCCUGAUGAUGAUGGCGGUGACAUAAUCAAAGUUGCUGUUGAUGGAACUAUUAAUGUAUUGAAAGCAUGUGCCAAUGCUAAUACGGUAAAGCGGAUAGUUUUGACCAGCUCUUGUAUGGCCGUAUUCAUGGUAAACCGACCUAGCGAGGUGAUCAGAAAAGAAGACGAUUGGAGUGACCCGUCUGAAUUAGAGCCUUAUUCAAGAAGUAAAACCUUAGCUGAAAAAGCAGCCUGGGAUUUCGUCAAGGAACUUCCAGCUGAUAAAAAGAUAGAACUAGCUGUUAUCAAUCCUGCAUUUGUCAUUGGUCCAGUUCUUCAUGGUUCGAAUGGAACAAGUCAAGAGCUAAUUAAACGUUUACUGGAAAGAUCCAUACCCGCCGUGCCUAAUUGUAACAUAACUAUUGUGGACGUGCGGGAUGUGGCAUUAGCACACGUUAGAGCUAUGAAGCUAUCAGAAGCUGCUGGUAUGCGCCAUAUUGUAGCCACUGCAAAUGUAUCUUUUCCAACAAUAGCACAGAUUCUAAAGAAGGAAUUCCUACCUCAAGGUUAUUACGUUCCAACAAUGGUUGCUCCAUAUUUCAUACUUUGGUUCGCUAGUUGGUUUGAUAAAGUCAUCAAAUUGAUAUUACCACAAGUAGGUAGAGAUUAUCAGUUCGAUGAUACUCGUAUGAAGAAUGUCUUAGAAAUUAGCCCACGAAGCAUUUCAGAGUCAGUGAUAGAUAUGGCCUACAGUAUGAUUGAAUCGGGUUUGGUUUUUAAAAGCGACAAAUAUCAUGGACCACCUCGGGCUGCAAAGUGA